AUGCGAGAUCAUUUCCCAACACCCUUCCUAGAUAGGAUUGUGGAUGAGAUGGCAGGACAUCAUUUUUACUCUUUCAUGGAUGAUUUCUCAGGUUACAACCAGCUUCCGAUUCACCCAGAAGACAAUAAGCUCACUGCUUUUUGCACACCAUACGGAAUAUUUGCCUACAACAUCCUACCGUUUGGUUUAUACGAUGCCAAGCGGAAACUUCUUAAAAAGACAUUUAAGUCUUGCCACGAGGCAUUUUUGUUUGCCACAAAGCUGGAAAAAGAGCUUCUUAUCGACCUGGGAAUUGCUAAAGUUGAUUUCGACCAAGCCAUCACCCCGUCAGAGUCAUUUUGUGCAGCUUUUCACCUGUCCACACCAAAGCCUGUCGCUAUUGAGCAUACACCUCUGGCUAUUGAGAACUUUGCCAACAAGAUGUGGUAG